AUGGACAGUACAGACCGCUUCCGCCAGCCUGGCCUGGGCAACUAUCCAUCCAUAGGCCAGCAGUUCAAUGGCUCCCAGAACCAGCUGCCCACGCUGCCUCCUCUACAGAGUGGUGGCAGCCAGUAUGCGCCGCCCAUGUACGGCCACAACAGCAACCCUCACACGCCCCAGCCCCCGCAUACGCCUGUAACAUCUGCCCCCAACGGUACUUCGGCCAUGCCGCCGCUGCAGCACCCGCCCCUGCGACCUCUCCAGCCCACGCCCACGUCGUACCUGCCCAUGAGCUCGGCCUACUCGCAGGCGCCCAUGCUGUCCACAGCGGCCGCACACACCAACGGCCACCAGCUAGGCCCCUCGCCGGGCCUGGCUCUGGGACACACGUCCAUGUACGCGCACCCGCCUAUGCUACCCAACCAGGAGCCCGAGCCAGUCCACGUCGUUGGCCAGCAGGGCCGCCGCGGAGUCUUGCCCACGCACCCUGGCCGGCCCGCGCCCGCCGCUGGCAAGACGCCUACGACUGCGACCAAGAACGCCGAGGGCAAGUAUGAGUGUCCGCAUUGCAACAAGACGUACUUGCACUUGAAACAUCUCAAGCGCCAUCUGCUGCGCCACACCGGCGAGCGCCCUUACCAGUGCCAUCUGUGCAAGGACACGUUUAGCAGAAGUGACAUUCUGAAGCGCCACUUCCAGAAAUGCUCGAUAAGACGCGGCAACCCCACUGGCGCAAACCAUCUCCAGCACGCGCAGCAACAUUUGCAGAAGAACAGGCAGCCCACUGGCGCUGACCAGAACUCGUACCUCAACCACAUUGGCGCCAACUCCAUGUCAUACGCCGAUGCUGGAGGCUACACAAUGGGCCUGCCGCAGAUGCCUGCCAUGGGUGCCAACGGCUUUGCCGACAACCUGCCUUCGCUCGCCAACCACCAAUCCAUGUCGGCACGCACCUCGCGCUCCAACAGCCUGAUGCGCCCCAGCAGCGGCGUCGAGGACAGCGCUCACCGCCGCAGCAUGUCUGCCAUGGACUUUGCAAACGCGAGGAUGAACUUCAACGACUAUCGCCCAGAUGGUGUCCCAAACGGCUAUCCCCAGCAGCAGCAGCAACAGCAGCAAUCCCAACAGCAACAGCAGCAGCAGCAGCAGCCCCAGCCCCCGACCAAUGGCUCUGACCCCAAUGCUCACUACAACUACGAACAUGCCUCCACAAACGGCUCCAUGGCUCAAAAUGGCCUAACCGUCAAGACCGAGGGCACUGACCCCACGUCCUACGGAGUCUCCUCGCUUCCCAACGUGGACGGCAUGACCAAUGGCCAGGAUGGGUCGCUGUGGCGGAAUGGAUCGUUCAACGGCGAUAUGAAUAAUUCCAGUACGGCAGAUGAUACACCGAAUGAUACUUUGUUUGGAUUUUACUCGCAUGUUCCCGGUUUGGUCGACUCUUCUCCGACCCUCGAUAGCUGGUUUAUUGGACAAUCCAGCUCUGAUCCACUGCACAACCUCGCAUGUUCGCUUGUGAACUUUUGCACCCCGAAUACGUCUUUGCUCUCAGAUCAACACUCGAGCGAGGCGUACGCUCAUGAGAGAUUGAAGACCAUCCUGACUGGCGAAAAUGUCAAGGACUUCCUACACGAAUACAGGCACUACCACUCGCAUUUUCCCUUGAUACACAUUGCAACAUUUGAUCCCUUUACCGCCAACCCGGGGCUUGUACUCGCCUUGUGUUGCCUCGGCGCCGUGUACUCUGACAAGAUGACUCCCUCGGAUGUCCGGUGGCUGAUGGAGCGCGUCCGCGAGAAUGUCACGCGAUCCAGCCGUGUUUACGAGUUGGCAAAAACGAAUCAAAUGGCGGACCUGAACAACGAGCUGGCUUCGGCAACGGAAGAGAUACAAUCCAUGGUCCUGCUCCAUUCCCAAUGCCUCUGGCACGGGUCGCAGGAGCAACGCCAACACGUGCGAGAGGAGAUGGACGCCAUAGUCAAUGUGACACGAUGUGCUGCACUCUUCCAGCCUCUUGCAGCCGACAAUGUAAAUGCCAGCGCGUUGCAUCAGCCAGGACCAGUGACAGGCGAGGAGGUUGACUCUUGGAGUUGGAGUCUGUGGAUUGAGAAUGAGAAGCGCGCUAGAUUGGCAGCAUACGUCUACCUAAUGGACGCUUCUUCUACCAUUUUCUUCAACACCAAGCCCAGAUUCAACGCCAAGACCAUCACAGUCCCCUUGCCUGCUGACGACGCCGCUUGGGAAGCGAGAACAUCAGAAGAUUGCGCCAGUGCUCUGGGCCUACGAGGGCAGUCGGCACAGGCAAUCAAUGAAUCUGGCAGCAGGCGUGCAAAGCAACUGGCCUUGUCCGAGGCAUUGUGUGUACUCAACGGGGCAUGCCCGGGCCAGUUUCCUGAGCGUGCCACAAAUGUCUUUGGCAAGUUUAUUCUCAUCCACGCGAUCCAUGCACAAAUCUACAACAUCCAGCGCCAGCUUAUUCACCGGGCGGCUUCAAGCAGUACAAGUGCGCCUCAGCCCCAGGGCGGCAAUCCAGCCACACCGCCGAAUGGAGUCAACGAACAAGUGCAGCAUCAACUGCGCUCCACGGUUGGUGCUCUGAACCUAUGGAAGAUGUGCUGGGACAAGGAUCUAGCCAUCCAAUUUACCCACCACCAACGUCGACGUGGGUUCUGUCGGGAUGGCAUCCACUUCUACUUCCUAGCACAGGCUUUCCUCCGACAAUCACGGCCUGACGACUGGGCGGCUACUGCAGAUGUACGAUGCAGACACGUCUUCAAUCUCCUCAAGCAAAUCAGGCCGUAUGUCGCCUCGGAUUCAGCGCAAAGAGGCAUCGAAAUCGGUUCCAUGACCGAGAUUGCAGACGACUAUGCCAUCGCCGAUCUCACGCUCAACAUGAAGAACUUGUUCACGCCUCUCGAAACAUGA